UUUAGCAGCAAAAACAGUUUAAUCAGUUUAGUACAAUUCAGGAUUCACGAUAACAUCAGAUAACAUUGUAUGCAAAUCGAGAAGCUAGCACAUCGUAUUCUCGUUCAUCUUCAUUGUUCCAUCUCAUUUGAUGCGUUCGAAACAUUAGAUUUCUAAAUAUCUCUAUUCUAAAUAUUAAGUUGCAAAAUGUCCAUCGAUACAUACAACAAAGUCACGCAUUGCAUUUUCGAUAUGGAUGGUUUGUUGCUCGAUACAGAACAUCUGUACACCAAGGCCUUCAAUCGUAUCGCUAAUCGUUAUGGUAAAGAGUUCACGUGGGAGCACAAGGCGCAAACAAUGGGUUUUAAGACCAAAGACAUUGCUGACUAUAUAAUUAAGACAUUAGAAUUACCGUUAACAAAGGAUGAAUUCAAGGAGGAGAUUGUUGGACUCUAUCAGGGAUUGUUUCCUCAUACCAAUCCCAUGCCAGGCGUCGUUAGGUUAUUGAAGCACCUGAAAGAAAAUAAUAUUCCGAUUGCGCUAGCCACGAGCUCGGACCGAAAAAACUAUGAAUUGAAAACCAGUCGCUGGCACGAUCUCUUCGAAUUCUUUCAUCACAAAGUACUCGGCGGUUCGGAUCCUGAAGUCGUGCACGGAAAACCGGAACCUGACAUAUUUAUCAUAGCUGCCAAGCGUUUCCCUGACAAUCCGAAUCCUUUGAAGUGUUUGGUUUUCGAAGAUGCGCCGAAUGGCGUGAAAGCGGCACUUAAAGCCGGAAUGCAGGUUGUUAUGGUGCCUGACCCGAUGCUUCCCAAACGUUAUACGACCGAAGCGACUCUAGUCUUAGAUAGUCUGGAGAAGUUUGAACCGGAAAAGUUUGGACUACCUCCAUAUAAAAUAUAAUACAACUUUCUCUGAAU